CUCUCGCGAGACCCGGCGGAGCGGAGCCGGGAGGCCCGGUGCAGUGUGGAGGUCGUUGGUGUCACUUGCCAGCCGGUAGCUCCUUCGCCUGCUUUUCCGCUCCCCGCCCGCUCCAGCCAUGUUCUCCGCCCUCGCCCGCCCUGCCGGCGCCGCUCUCCGCCGCAGCUUCAGCACCUCGGCCCAGAAAAAUGCUAAAGUGGCUGUGCUGGGGGCUUCUGGAGGAAUCGGGCAGCCCCUGGCGCUUCUCCUCAAGAACAGUCCCUUAGUGAGCCGCCUGACCCUCUACGAUAUCGCUCACACGCCCGGAGUGGCCGCAGAUCUGAGCCACAUCGAGACCAGAGCGACUGUGAAAGGCUACCUCGGACCUGAGCAGCUACCAGAUUGCCUGAAAGGCUGCGAUGUGGUGGUUAUCCCAGCCGGAGUCCCCAGAAAACCAGGCAUGACCCGGGAUGACCUGUUCAACACCAAUGCCUCCAUCGUGGCCACCCUGACCGCGGCCUGCGCCCAGCAUUGCCCCGAGGCCAUGAUCUGCAUCAUUUCAAAUCCGGUGAACUCCACCAUCCCAAUCGCAACCGAAGUUUUCAAGAAACAUGGGGCAUACAAUCCCAAUAAAAUCUUUGGGGUGACGACCCUGGACAUUGUCAGAGCCAACACGUUCAUUGCGGAACUGAAGGGUUUGGAUCCUGCUCGAGUCAAUGUUCCGGUCAUUGGCGGCCAUGCCGGGAAGACCAUCAUCCCCCUGAUCUCGCAGUGCACUCCCAAGGUGGACCUUCCCCAGGACCAGCUGACAGCCGUCACGGGGCGAAUCCAGGAGGCCGGCACAGAGGUGGUGAAGGCCAAAGCUGGAGCAGGCUCGGCCACCCUGUCCAUGGCGUAUGCCGGAGCGCGGUUUGUCUUCUCCCUGGUGGAUGCGAUGAAUGGAAAGGAAGGCGUCGUCGAGUGUUCCUUCGUGAAGUCCCAGGAGGCAGACUGCGGCUACUUCUCCACACCGUUACUGCUGGGGAAAAAGGGCAUUGAGAAGAAUCUGGGCAUCGGCAAGAUCUCCCCUUUUGAAGAGAAGAUGAUAGCGGAAGCCAUCCCCGAGCUGAAGGCGUCCAUCAAGAAGGGCGAGGAGUUCGUGAAGAACAUGAAAUGAGCGGGUAGCCAGCGAGCGGUCCGUCUCCCUAACUUAUAAAAGCAUCAUGUCUCUGUAAAGCCAUUUCCUGCCCCCGUGUUUGCGUUCUGUUAACCACGAGUGUCGCCGUCCCUUCCAAACCGCGGGUCCGUCUCUGGGCGCAUCAGUAAAAGCAGGCUUUGGUUUUCUUUUU